AUGACUUAGCACAGUUCUGACCUAAGCAAAAACAGGAAGACAGCUUAAUUCUUGAUAUCCUCUUAAGCUAGUGAUAACCAAUAUCACUUGAGAAAAUAAGAUAAAUCUACAAGAAUAGAUGUCUUAGAGAAGGAGAUGAAGUCUCUGAUAGAAAGAAAUAAUGAAUUACAACAAAUAGUCAAGUAUUUUCAGGCAAACUUAAGCAGGUUAUCUCUCUAAAUUGAUUCUGAUAUGUCAAUUGCCUUGAAUAAUUUCAGAGGCAGUUCCUAUUAAAAAGUAGUAACUCAGAAUGAUUAUUAGUUUUUGGACUAGUCGCGUAACUUUAGUUAUAACACUGACAAUGAUUUUUUGAAUCCUCAUUAGAAGAAGGAGGGUAGAGCUGAUCUCAUGAAUUAUCUAGGCUCAAUUGAGGAGGAAGAAAUACAGUAAAAUAGAGAUUCUGUAUGCGAGCCACCUAUCUCUGAAAAUCGUAUUCCUCCAAAACAGAAAAAUAACUAUCAUGAGGAUCUGAUGCGGAAUCUUGAGUAUCAAAUAACUAAAGUAUUCAAGUUGAUUAAUUCUAAAUUUACCGCCAACAACAGAUUGAAUGUUAGUCUUGAGGAAAGGAAACGAGACACAAUGGGUUCAAAAGGCAAUAAAUUUAGCGGGGCUAGAAGAAGUUAAACGCCUCAUCACUUUGAAAGGAAUAAAUUAUUGGUGCUUAAGGAUAGUUUUAAUAAUGGAGGUGGAGGCACCGGUAGCGCUUCAGGACUUAACUAGUAUUUUGUAAACAAUCAUAAUUUUGCUGGAGUUAGACAAUCCAACGCUAGUAUUAAAAAUAUUUAGACAAAUUUUGGAAUGAGUCCCAAUUCUCCAACGAUGAAUAAUCUACUUGGAAAUGAACAUCAGAAUAAUUAAGUUUAUUAUGCUACAAGUGAUAUCAGCAGAGAGGAAAAUAAUGAUAAUAAUAGCUAGAAGUUGCAUUUCUAAAAUAGUAAAAAAAUAGAUUAAAAAUCUAAGCAUCGAAUUCAAUCUACUUAAGAGAGAAAUUAUUCAUCUGUUCCCAGAGAUUCAAGAAAAUUUCACCCUCAAAAUAAAGUGGCUAAUCAUUCCUAACUUUUGAGUACAAAUUAUCAGAAUGAGUUGCAUAGUUUUAAUGACAUCUCUGGAACUGUAACUAAGUAGUAUAAUUCUCAUAAUAGAAGUGGAGGAUAAAGCUACACCAAUUUACCUAACCUUGAUUAAACUCAAGGAAGCGGCUUGCCUAUUUUCGAUGAACCAAUGAAAUGGAUGCCUAAUGAAAAAUCCUCAACCUGCCAGUUAUGCCAGAAAAUCUUUAAUAUCUUCAGAAGAAAGCAUCACUGCAGAGGUUGUGGAAGCCUUAUUUGCAGCAAAUGCUCGCCUGAUAAAGAUUAUGUAGCUGGCUAUAAGGAUAAAAAAGUAAGGAUCUGUAAAAAUUGUGAUUUAACAAGACAGAGAAGAAAAACUGAGACUGGUAAGUUAAAUGUUUUCACUUCAGCAAAGACUAUCUCAAAGAAAAAAUGA